GCUUCUGAUCAUCUCAGAAGUGCAGUAAUCUCCCUAAAGUGUUUCAGUUUCGCUUUAUCAUCCUUAUUCCUUAGAAUGACUUCCAGCUUGAGCUAGAUGCUGACCUCAAAGAUGUGAGGUGGUGAGGCAAGUGUUUAUUUUUAUAAAAUAAUGAAUCAUCUCCUGAAUGAAUGUGUCUUGUCUUUUUUGCUUUGAUGAAAAGUAAAUUCCAGGCAGUGGGAUGAGCCAGUUUUGGGUUGGGGGGUGAUGCUGUGUGGGCCACGGAGCAGAGGGGGGGUCUGAGCUGCACCCAGAGUGUGUGGGUGCAACAGGUUCCCCGGCUGUUCUUCCAGGGUUGUUUUGUUGGAGAACAAUUACUCUGAAAACUGGGGAGGGAAAUGUUCGUGUGUCCUUUCACACUGAACUGUUUCUAGUUCUCCUUUCUGUUUCCAGUUACGUUCUCCUGCUGCGAUUAACGCAAGGGGGAAAACUCUGCUGCUGCCUGGAUUAAAUGAGUUGCACGUGGGGGAUUUUCAAUCCCCAAAAGGGCCUUGCAAAAAUUGUCAUCUUUGUUUGCCUUUAUCUCAUGAUUGUCUUGAACUUCUCCCAUGUUUGAAACGUUUUUUGUUACUGAAUUUGGGCUUGUCCUUGUAGCAAAUAGCUUUGGAACUAGGUGUGACCUUGGCAGAGGAAUUAUCUCUAAAGCUAUUGCAACUGCUUCCUUAUCCUUUUGCUUUAUGUUUGAGGCCCGGUAGAAAGCCACUCCUUUCAGAAUGCAGCAGACUGGCCUCUGAAAUAUCAGACUUCCUUAUUUGUGAAUUUGUGAGAUAUGGGUUAGGAUUAAUGGCUUUUGCCUUUUAAAUUCAAGCAAAUGGUGUGGGUGAAGUGGGCUGUGGUUCCAUGUCUGAAGGAACCUGUUUGGAGGAAUCUGGGUGAGUUGCUCGUAGGGUGUUGGGAAUUUCUGGGAAGAGAAGUUUUGCAAAAGCGUAGUUUUGUUGUCUGUGUGGAAGGAGUUGGUUUUAUCGUGGUAGAGCGAAAGCCGUGACAAAGCACGUCCCCUGUGCUGUUGCUGGGCUAUGGACAACUUUCCCAAACACCUUAGAGCUUGGAAAGGGACCUUGGAGGGCACCAUCUUUGCUGUAGGAACAAGUGUUUCUCUCUGUCAGGAAUCCUGCAGUUUAUCCUGUCUCAUUGUUUACCCUCUUAUGGUAACUAUGGUCCUUGUUGCCUCAAAGGGGGACGAUCCUGUUCUCCCCUCCCAGCAGGCUGUGAUGGGGGGUGUGUUUAUCUCAGCGCUUCAAAAACUUCAAUCUCCUUGGUUACAGGUUGAAGGAAGUCGUUAGCAAACACUGAUGUGUAUAAGGUGUAGGUAAACUCGCGGGGAAGUCGGGUAGCUCUCAGGUAAGUCCAUGAGGGAUCCUGGCACAGCGUAGGUGAUGGUUGUUUAGUAGAGAUGUCACCAAGUCAUUAGUUUCUUCUCCUUGAAAUAUGUUUUUUUACCUUCCUUUCUAGGAAGGGGUCUGGAGGAGGGAAAAUUUCCCUUUCUGGUGAAAGGGGACUGGAGCAUUAUGACAGUCAAGUCUUUAAAAGCUUAUGAGUUACCAGAGUCCUUGACGGCUAGCGGCUUCCUCUGCAGCUGUUGUCGGAUGUCAAUAAAGAGAGGUUGAAGGCAACACUUCUAAUGGAGCAGGUAACAUCCAAAGGUGCUGGCUUGAACCCUAACGCCAAAGUGUGGCAGGAAGUUCCCCAGGGGAGCGGUGAGACCGUGCCACCAACAAAUGGCACAGAGCACUCCUGGCAAGAAACAGCGGCUGCACAAGGGACUCACGCCGAGGGUAACCUAGAGAUUUCAGAGGAUAACUGCAAGCAGUAUGAAGUGAUGUAUUCCCCAUCGUGUGAAGCCACAAGAAAUGGCACAGGAGUUGAUGAAGCAUCUGCAAAUGGGAUUGUCCUGGCGACUGAAGAUCUUGGAUACCAACUCUAUGAAGUGUCAGGUGAAGGCAACUCCACUGUGUCCACAGAAGAUAUUAGAGAAUGUUUGAAAAAACAACUUGAAUUCUGCUUCUCACGUGAGAAUCUCUCAAAGGAUCUCUACCUGAUGUCUCAAAUGGACAGUGAUCAGUUCGUUCCAAUAUGGACAAUUGCCAACAUGGAAGGUAUUAAGAAGCUGACGACGGAUAUGGACCUUAUUCUUGAAGUUUUGAGAUCUUCUCCUAUGGUACAAGUGGAUGAGAGAGGGGAGAAAGUAAGGCCAAACCACAAACGAUGUAUUAUCAUUCUCCGUGAGAUCCCUGAAACCACACCUAUAGAGGAGGUGAAGGCUCUCUUUAAGAAUGAGAACUGUCCCAAAGUGAUAAGCUGUGAGUUCGCUCACAACAACAACUGGUACGUUACAUUCCAGUCGGAUACGGAUGCACAGCAGGCAUUUAAAUACUUAAGGGAAGAAGUGAAAACCUUUCAGGGCAAGCCAGUAAUGGCAAGGAUAAAAGCCAUCAACACAUUUUUUGCUAAGAAUGGUUACCGGGUGGUGGAUUCCAGUGUCUACACUCAGCCGGUUCAAACCCAAGCACAGUUUGCCUCCCCACUGUUUAUGCAGCCUGUAUAUAGUCCUCAGCAGUACUCUAUCUACAGCAUCGUGCCUCAGACGUGGUCUCCAAAUCCUGCACCUUACUUUGAAACACCGCUGGCCCCCUUUCCUAACGGUGGAUUUGUGAAUGGCUUUAAUACACCAGGAUCAUAUAAAACAAAUGCUGCUUCUUUGAGUAUAGGUCGCCCAUUCCACAGGAACCGCGUGAAGCCCCAUUUCCGAUCCUCGGCCGGCGCUGAACACGCCGGGGAGGGUCCGGCUGCCGCCAGCGCCCUGCCCAUGGGGGAUGGAGCCCUGAGCAGGACCAACGUCAGGAACUUCGUCAUGGAGCGGCAGAGCAGCGCGGUACCCGGGCACCAGGAGCAGGGCUACUCCCAGAAGGAUUCUCCUGCUGCACAGAUGGAGCAGAACGGGGAUUACGGCGUUGGCAGGGGCAGGAGGAACGUUUUCAGAGGUCGGAGGAGACGAGAAGAUGACCGCGUUUCAAGACCUCAGCCUUCAGCAGAAACAAAGACUCAGACACCAAAGUUUGACUUGCUAGCUUCAAAUUUCCCGCCUUUGCCUGGCAGCACAGCAAAAAUCCCAGGAGAGCCCGUGCUGGAGAGCAGGAUGGCCGACGUAGUUAAAGGAGUUUGCAAAGAAAAGGAGAGCAAAGAUUUGCUGCCCAGCUGCCCAGCUCCUGCUCAGGAAGAACCGACGCACAGCACUGUCCAACAGCCCGUGGCAAGUGUGAGUUCACCAAGUCAGACUGAGGCUGUGGCAUUAAGCACGGUUCAGCCAGACAGCAAAGCAGAAGAAGUGUCUGCUCAGAAGGAUGUGACAAGCCACACUUCCCCGCCGGUGUCUGUGUCUCCUGUCGGUGCUGCGAAGCCGCCGAGGACAAACACCGCUUCACCUUCCAGCGGUGCCAGCGCCGCUCCUGCCUCCGCGCUGCAGGAGCCGCGCAAGCUGAGUUACGCCGAAGUUUGCCAGAAGCCCCCCAAGGAGCCUCCCCCAGUUCCCGUUCAGCCCCUCAGGGAGCAUCGCACCAACGUUCCCCCUGCCAAAAAUGAAGAGAAUGGCACCCCUGAGAAGGCUCCGGAGAAGGCGCACGACAAGGGUGAAGGUCGAAUGAAGGAUUAUCCUGGGUUCCGAGGCAACGGGCCUCCCAGGGGAGCUGCGGGGAAAAUCAGGGAACAGAGGCGCCAGUUUGGACGCAGGUCAUCGCCUCAGGGAGCACCGCGACGCGUCGGCAAGGAGCAGUACGUGCCACCCCGCUCACCAAAGUAACUCUUGUCCAGCCAAUUAUUCUCUAUUUAAUUUGAGCUGUGGACUAAUAAGCAGCAAAGGAGACUGUGAGAAAGGAGUAUUCGUGAAGGGGAAUACUGAACUGGAGCGUGGCUUGUGUGGAGAAGUUAUGGAGGGUCCCAAAAUUCAUCUCUAAAAGUGAUUUCACAAAUGCUGGAGGAUUCCAAUCAAUAUAAAUAUAGAGAUUAUAAUUUUUGUAUUUUUGUUUUUAAUUUGCAGAGGGUUUCCUGCUUGAAAUCAGUUUUGGGGUUGUGAAACUAGCGUUUUGACAAAGCGAAAGAAUAUGAAUUGACAAAUUAACCUGUCCCUCAGCGUAGGAGGAAAAGGAGAAGAGAACAUUAUUUUUGAAAAAAUGAGCAUUUCUGUAAAAUUAGAACUUUUUUUAACCUAUUUAACAUUUGGCUUGUGGGAUGGUGUGUCUGCCAUUGAUGGCCUUGCACUGCAGAGCCCGUCUGCGGCUGAGGUGCUUGGUCGGCGCGUGAGCGGAGCGAGUGCAGCCAGAGACUGUUGUCAUGACUUGGUCACUGAUGAGAAAACCUGAAUGUACUACUGUAGUGAACUUUGUGUUUCCAGCUCGAAGUAUAGUCUCUUGACCUUACUAAUAAUUCACUCAGCAAGCUUUUUAAACUAAAAUUUCUACAGGAUACUGGAUUGUAGAUCAGAGCACGUGGACAGCAAAAAUGGUCUUCUAGACGCAAUUGGGAGGAGGCACAUCAGAGUUUUUACUUUGCCCUUUUUCCUCGCCUCCUUUUGAGGGCAACUUCUUAGGUUUGGUUUGGUUUUUUUCUUGCUUGUUACUUUCUCUAAUCUCUUUAUUACAGACUUUUGUGCAUUUAUCUUGGUAUGUUUUCCUGAGGCAGGCCCAGUGUGGGAUUGACGGAUGGCUACACACUUUGAGGUGUGAGUUCAGGAGUAGGGAGCCUGGAAUUCCAGCUGCAGAUGUGGAAUUCUGCCUGGCGGGUGGGAAGGCCGGGGGUCAAAGGGAUGUCUGUCCCAAGGGCGAGCGAAUCGGAGGAGUGGCUGGGUUUUCUGUAUACUGACCUAUUUUUGUGUUCUGGAGUAGGGUGUUGGAUGCUGUAUACUAGAAAUCAGGGUUUAUAUCUACUGGGAACUCACUGUUUACAGCUGAUGUAGUAGCAACUGACUUUUUUUUAACUGUUUAGAGUGGAACUAAAGGUGAAGAGUUAAACAAAACCCCUCAUGUUCAGAGAAGCUACUUGAAAGGUAGCCUCUUGCCUAGCUGUGUGCUGACUAAAUUUGCAACACUAUUGUGUAGUAAGUGGUUAAGUUUAGAAGCGAUUAACGUAAUGACGAAAUAGGAAAAUGCAGUGCAUUAAUCUGCCAAAAUCAGCAUGCCAGGGUUCAAGGUUCUGUAUAAAGUGUUAGGGAAAAGUAGCUUCCAGCAGUAAGAAUCACACCUUUUUUUUUUCUUUUUUUUUUUUUUAGUGAAUAGCAAGUGUACAAAUUUAAAGUUGUAAGUUGUGAACACUGGAAAACUCAAUUGUGAUAUAUACCGUAAACAUCUUAGUAAUAUAUGCUAGUGUUGCCAUUAGAAUGAAUGUAAGUGGCAGUUAAAAUAACUGUGAAAAUUUUCAUCUUCUGAUUUCUUAGCCAGAUAACCCUUGGCGACUUCUUACUCGGUAGGCAUUCUCUAUCAACUGCUUUGAGAACACUCAUAUCUAUUUUUAUAAAUAUAUAUAUAAAGCCAGAGUUGUCAUUUCUCUAACUUAUUAUUCAGCUUGGCAAUUGCUUUGAUUUGUUUCAUAACACAAUAUAAUGUAUUUAUGCAGUUAACUGUUCAUUUCUACGCAUGUUAUAUAUAUAUACAUAUAUAUAUACAAAAAAAAAAAAAAACCAAAAUCAUUACUCACUUUUAAACUACCUGUACUGGGUUUGGGAGGUUUUUUUUAAUUUAGUAAAAAAAAUCGUUGAUCAUGUCUACAGUUUAGGGAUGCUUACAGAACCCUUCUCCAUUUAUUUCGAUAAUGCUACAUUUGUUGGAAUGAUAGAGAAGUUUAAAUACUUAGAAGUGUUAAAAGUUCUGAAAUGCAAUUAAUUUGAUUUUUUUAAUAAUUUUAAAGGCUAUAAACAAUUACUGCAGUCAAACUGGAAAAAAACAAACCUGAUAGUCGCAGAUAUUUAGGAUAGAUGCGCGCUGUCCUUGCGAACUGAGUAAGUGUUGGGGUGUCAGUAGCUGUGGGAGGAGGAGGAGGAGGAGGAAGAGGAGGAAGAGUGCUUUGGGGAGAGGCUUCUGCAGGUGUCGGGCUCUGGCCUCCGUGGUGAAGGCUAAUUCUGAUCCCCACGGGCGUCUGCUUUCAGUGCAGCGCGUAGAAUAACUUAGUAGUGCUGAAAGUAGCUGAAUGUGUAACAUUUGUGAAACGUAGCUUCUUCAUUUAUUAGAUGUGGGAGGAAAAAUAACUGCAGUUCAACCUUGCUUGUAAGGGGAUUGGAAAAACUUGACCGUGGAAAGGAUGCUGUGUGUGUCCUGGGUAUGUGUUUUCCAGCAGCAGAUUAGGGCUCUUGUACAGUGUAUGCAAAUCAGUCUGUAAACCUGUUGGCUUUUUCCAGAUAUUCAAACUUGUAUCAGAUUAGGACAUUCAUAAUUAUUUAUUUAAUACCUGCGUGCAAGGAUCUAACAUGAGCAUUUCCCUUCUUCCCCCGCCCCCACUGCCAUUUAUAACCGUGGGGUUUGGUGGUUUGGUUUGGUGGUUUGUUGUUUUUUUUUUUUUUUUUUUUUUUUUUCUUUUUCCCCUUUUUAAUCUUUGUUGGGGGGAAACAACCAAGUAAAUAUAAGGCUGUGAAAACCCAUAGUUUUGUGUGCAAGCUCUCCUGCAGUACUCGUAUUGCAUGGCAAGCGCGUACCUUAGACGGGCCAAGCUGCUACAUCCUCACCCCCGUGAGGGACGCGGGCACGGGCCAGGCUCUGCCCUCCCAGUUUGCCCACUGGGACGGAGCGGGGCGGUCGGGGACGCGGCGAUCGUUGGGGAGCCAGGCUGAGGCUGGGGCAGCUCAUUGAUUCCGUGUGAGCUCUGCCGUUGGGUCAGCAGAGGUGAAACUGCCCCCUGUUCAACUGUCAGUGAGCACUUCAGUGACAAUAACAGUUCUCCGUGGUCCCUUCUCAGUAGCUGAACUCACGGUGUCAGCACCAACCUCCCUGCUCUGCUGAUAUCAAAUACCAGACAGUGCAAAUCGCACGUAACUUUCAGUUUUAUGAACUGUGACUUGUUUUCAGAAUUGUUUUGUUGGCUACAGAAGUGGGCUUCCCCGGUUAAGUUCUUUUCCAAAUUGUUGUGCGUGGAAAAGAUUGGGCCGCUCUCUCGUACUUCUGCUGGGGAGUGAAAAGAGGAGUAAUUCUUUGCAUGUGAUAGUAAAAUUAAAAGUGCAAAAAAGUUUUUUCUUUUGACUUCUGAAAUUAAGUUAGUUUUAUAGUAUCUUACAUUCCUGCUAUCUUUGUUGUUUUUGUUUUUGUUUUUUUUUUUAAAGAAGUUAGCCUGGCACAGUAUGAUGGUGCAGUUUUAGCAGUAGGUUUAAAAAAAAAAAAAAGUUUUUUUAAAAAAAAAAGUAACCCACUGUAUUAACCAGAAGAGAAAGAUGAUACUGUGGCAGAUCAGUAGCAAAUAAGUGACUUAAUCGAUGCUUUACUGUAGUUAAAUAGCUAUGGCCUUACUACUUUGUCAAUAUCAGCUUAAUUGUCUUGAAAAUGUCCGCUAUUUUUACUGUUACCCAAGUGAAUGUUCACCUGGGGUAAAAAUAUCUGGUAUGUACAGAUGAUAUUUUAAAUUUGUAAAAUGCGCCAUUGUAUUACAGAUGAUGCAACAGAAAUGCACUUCGGGGGGAAAUUGCUUCUGAUAAGUUUUUUUGUAAAUCCUUGAUUACUACAGAUAUGCAAUAGAAUUUUUGUUUCUAAUUUUGAUAUUUCCUUCUGAAACAUAAGAUUGUUGCCAUUAAUCUGAAUGAUUUAUCAUGCUCUUCUUUGUGUGUGUAUAUAUUACAUAUAGUCUGAGCUUCCUUUAGGAUGGUACAUAAUUUUGGUUUGUUGUAGUAUUUUAGUUGGCUCUUCUCUUAAGUGCCUUUAGUGCAGGCACUUCAAGAGGUUAAUUGAGUCUAUUUUUAAUGUACAGUUGGGAGGACUUGAAAUGAGAGUUAAAGCAACUUAUUUCUGAAAAAAUCCAUCUGCAAACUAACCUGUAACAACUUUAAAAUUUUAUAUUUAAGAACCAGAGGUUUAUUUUUAUGGAGCUUCAGUUGUGGAUACAGUUUCCAAAAAUGCAACUUCAAAUGUAAACAGACUGUGCAUAAAUGGGUUUUGUUCUAAUUUUUAUAGAAUACAAAAUAUUCAGAUAAUAUAUUGAGCUCAAGUUACUACAGACAUCUUGUUCCUCCCGGACGAAUCCAGCUUCCCCCUUGGCAUUUAUGAUCUCUCUCCAAAGUGGUAGGGCUUCAGUGAAAGGAGAAAAAAGCAACCUAUCUGGCUUCUAUACUUUGUCUGUUCUGGUAUAUUCCUGUUGUCAAAACUGUCAAAAACAAAAUUUGUGUAAAGUAGGUUCAUGCUUUAAAUGUUAAAAUGAUAAUACAUGUAUUUGUAUUUGUUUUUGACAUUGCCAAGGUGCUAUGGGAAAUUGAAAUAACAGUUAGAAAAAUAAAGCUGAUUUAAAAGAGAAAAAACACCAAAAAAACCAACAAAAAAA